GGCCGAGAGAAGACUCUGCAAUGGCAUCCCCCACGACCCACUUCAUUCUGGUGCACAUAUUCACCAUUCUUGUUGCUACAAGCCAUGCCUGGAAACCCAAGUUCUCAUCCAUUCUAGUGUUUGGAGAUUCAACAGUCGACCCGGGCAACAACAACUUCAUUGAGACAUUGUUUAAGGGAAAUCAUUUCCCUUAUGGCAGAGAUUUCCCUGGUCACGUUCCCACUGGUAGAUUUUCCAAUGGAAAAUUGGUCACAGACUUCAUUGCCUCUCUUCUAGACAUCAAAGACACCGUCCCUCCUUAUCUAGACCCGAAUCUAUCAGAUCAUGAACUUCUAACUGGGGUUAGCUUUGCCUCUGGCGGAUCAGGACUUGAUGACUUGACUACGGUUGCUUCUGGAGUGAUCCCCGUUUCCAAGCAAAUUGAGCACUUCAGAGAAUAUGUGGAAAAAAUUAAGUGCAUUGUGGGGAAAGAAGAAGCUCAGAAGAUACUUGGACGCGCUCUGGUUAUCAUCAGUGCGGGAACUAAUGACUUCAGUUUCAAUUUUUAUGAUAUUCCCACCAGAAAAUACGAGUUUGACAUAGAUGGAUACCAAGAUUUUCUGCAGAAUAGGCUGCAAAUCUUUAUAAAGGAACUAUAUGACCUUGGAUGCAGGAAGAUAGCUGUAGCUGGGCUUCCUCCAAUCGGUUGCAUACCACUUCAGAUAACAGCAAAGUUUAAGAAUCCGAAGGAUAGAAAAUGCAUAGAGCAAGAGAACUUAGACUCGGAACUCUACAACAAAAAACUGGAAAGACUAUUGCUUCAUGUGCAAGCCACGCUUCCAGGGUGCAGAGUUGUUUACACAGACAUCUACAACCCCUUGGCCAACCUCGUAAAUCAACCUGAAAAAUUCGGUUUUGAAGUAACGAAGAGAGGGUGUUGCGGGAGUGGCAUUGUUGAAGCAGGGCCAUUGUGCAACGAACUGACACCGACGUGUGAGGAGUCUUCAAAGUUCGUAUUCUGGGAUAGUGUACAUCCAACUGAAGCAGCGUACAAGUAUAUUGCAAAGUACAUGGAAGCAGAAGUGCUGCCCAAGUUUGUGAAUAGCAAUAGCAGCGAAAUAUAUUUGUAAAUCAUGUCCUGAGGUAGGACCAGUCACAUGCACAAGCUUCAGUUGUUCAGCUGCGCAAUUCUUCUGUUGGCAUCUGAUCAUUAUGCAGAUUGUUUAAUUAAUUAAUAGAGAUCAAUAAAGUAUCAUUCUGUCGUUA